AUGGCGGAGGUACGCUUUUGUGAAGAAUGUAAUAAUAUUUUAUAUGCGAAAAGUGAUAGGAAAAGUAAAAAGUUGAUAUAUGUUUGUAGGAGCUGUGAGUAUAUAUCUCUGAAGCCAAAUGAAAAUAAUAAUAUUGUGGCAAGGAUAAAUUAUAAUUAUGAUAGAAAAGAAGAUAUAUAUAUCCACCCCGAAACCAAAAACGAUCCAGCCUUAGGACGAGUAAGAGAUUGGGUCUGUAAACAAUGUGGAAAUAAUGAAGCGGUAUUUUUACAGCUAGCUGAAAAGAUAAGUUAUAAUCCUAUGGCAUUAAUAUAUGUUUGUACAAAUAAACAUUGCCAUUAUUGGGAAAAAGAAGCUCAACAAAUUAAUGAUGAUAAUUAUUUUAAUAGUGAAAAAUCCUCUGAUAUUUCAGAAGAUCAAGAUUUAUUAAAUAACAAUUUUUUUCUUAAAAGUGAGAAAGAUAAUUUCGUUCUAUCAAAUCAUGAUGAUGGUUAUAUAAAGAAAAAUAAAAAGGCAUGGAGAACCAUAAAAGAAGAAGAUGAUAAGGAUGAUGAUAAUGAUGAUGAUGAAGAAGAGGAAAAAAAGAAAAAUAAACAAGAAGAAGAAGAAGGUAAUAAAUUACAAGAAGAAUUAUAUAAAAUAUUAAAUCUUAAUGAAAAAAAAUCAAAUGAUAAAUUACAAAAUGAGGUUCAAUCAGAAGGCGAAAAUGAUUAUGACAUAAACGUGGAGGAAUAUUUCUGUGAAGAAUGA